AUGGCAACUCCGCAGGUGCGACAGAUAGUAUAUAGGACACGGACCAAGUCGGGAUGUCUGACAUGCAAGAAGCGACGCAUUAAAUGCGACGAGACCAGACCGAGCUGCUUGAGAUGUACUUCCACCGGUCGCAAGUGUGACGGCUACCAUACAAUCUCCCCGUCCUCGAUGGGCCUUUCUCUUCCGCGGCCUUCUCUAUCUCCUGUAGCCUUUAAGUAUGCGAGAAGCGAGCGCGAAAUUCGAUCUUUCCAGUUCUUCUGCGAGAGGACCGUAUUCUCCUUAGCGGGCUACUGCGGAUCGGAACUCUGGAGUCGGUCAGUGUUGCAGGUCAGUCAGCACGAGAAGCCUAUUUGGCACGCGCUGGUCGCCCUCGGUGCCUUACAUGAGAACUUUGAGAAUGACCGGCAGAUUCCCGGCUUUUGGUUCAGUCGUGAGGGGCACGAUACAUUUGCAGUGAAGGAGUACCUAGCGGCGAUCAGAGCUCUCUUAGGUCCCUCAGAUUCGGGCAGCAGCCCACACCUCCAUGUUGGUGGCAGCCACGAUAGGAGGCUCACCGUGGAUGUGUGUUUGAUUUCAUGCGUUCUUUUUAUUUGCUAUGAGAUCAUGUCCAGCCAUUACAUCGCCGCGGUCAAUCAUAUUCGCAAUGGGGUCAGGAUACUCGGGCAGGUCACCUAUGAUCCAAGGACCGGAACGUAUCAUCAUCCUUUUCUGAAGCCGUCUACCGUGCCGAGUCUUGAGAUUGAGAACCUGCGGAUGCUCCUCGUUAGAUUGCAUGGACAGGCCUUCACCUUGACACGAGCCGAGGAGGAUAAUCCGUCUUUCACCUCACCGCAGUUAACAGGAUACGGAUCUGUCGACAUCCCACAGUGCUUUUCCUCCCUUGCAGAGGCCCGCGAUGUAUAUGAGCAUUACGACGGCAUGUUUAGGCGCGAAUAUCAUCUUAUGGUCAAUGUUAUGGCGAGAUUUGGCACGGUGGAUGAGCCUGAAACCUUGGUACAGCGCUAUACGGGCAUACUGCAGAAGUGGUCCGGGGCCUUGGACUGCUUCGAACACGUUCGUGGUCCUUCAUUGACAGUGAGGGAGCAAGCGGGCUUGAAGAUAUUGCAGAUCCAUCGUCUCAGGCACAAUCUGUUAUUAGAGCAGUAUAUGUCUGGCUCGUCGGAGUCGACCGUCUGGGAUAGAUACAAUGCGAUCUUCAGGGAGAUCACCGCUUUGGCUGCCUCCGUCGUGGAACUUACGAGCAGUGUUGGUUCUCCACCUAUCUCACCAGCCCAGUCAAUCGGCUCUUUAUGGGACCAGCCGCGACUGAGUCCUUGUUUCUCACUCGACUUGGGCAUCAUCAGUCCCCUCUAUGAUGUCGCUACUCUCUGUCGUGACCCGGUGAUCCGCCGUGGGGCCGUGGGUGUUUUGCGGUCGGCAUCCCGCCAGGAAGGCGUCUUCAAUAGCCAUGUUUGCGCAGUUGUUGCGGAGAAGGUCAUUUCUCUGGAGGAGAAGGUCGCUCUUGAGGGCGGCUUGGAUUAUGGUCGCGAUUCUGCCACUCUUGUGGAGCUUAUUUCAGAUCCCGGCGUCGGUCAGCAGGGGCUUAUCUCCCGGUGCUCGGAAGUGCCUGGAUAUGCACGACUAACAUAUGCAUAUCCAGAAUUUGAUACUGCUGGGAGGCGGGUCUUCUUGACAAUUGGUCAGGAUAUCGGUGUGCAUGCCAAUAUUCCGUUGCGGGCUAUGACGGCGAUAUUGAACACCGAAGGUCGUUGGUCCGGUGAAGAUAUAUAG